GACCGUGAGAAAUUAACCCUGUCCCAGCAUCACGGAUGCUGAUCGAUGGCCGGAGCUGCUGUGUUUGGUGCCACCCACCGACAUCGACAGCCGCGGAUCACAAGCACAAGGUCUGAAACCUCGUCAACUCCGGAUCACGCCCUCUUUGACAGGCACUCAUUAUGGAUUACACACCGAUUUCCGCGGGCGGUUAUGUUUUAAUUCUCACAGCACUUGCCAUCAUAACAGGUAAACUGAAUGGAUUUGAGGUUUCGGUCAAAACAAACCACCCAGUGGUGGAAUUUGGACACUCCCUGGAGGUGACCUGCAGUACAACAUGUAAUAACCCAACGAUGAUUAUAGAAUAUAAACCAGGGACAGAUCCCAACAGAACUCGCGGUGAUACGUGGAUUACAGACCGAUUUCCAAGUGUCCAGCAAUGGGAUUUCUCAGCACCCUGUACUGUAAUCUGUCGAUCUCCAGGAGGACAAACAAUGAAGGAGGUCAAACGGGUGGUCCCAGUGUACAAUCGAAACUUAAGCAUUGCUCCGCCUCCUGAAGUGCUGGAAGUUAACAAACCAUAUCAGCUGGAGUGCACUGGCCCGAAGGUCUAUCCACAGAACAGACUCGUACUCACCUGGCUCAGAGAGAGUGAGGUUGUUCAACGUAAUUCCACAGAGGACCCAGGGUUCCCAGAAGAUGGUCCAUUGAAGAAUGUCCUGAAUUUCACUCCAAGUAUUUCAGAUGGUGGAAUUGUGUACACCUGCCUGGCAGAGUUGAACUUGGACUCUAACUCCACAACACCCAUCACAAGUGCCUCUCUGACUCUGCAGACUUACUAUUUUCCAGAGCCUCCGAGGAUCCUCAGCAGUGACCCUGUAGAAGUGAAUCAGAAUGUUACGUUAACAUGUGAGGUCCCAAACGUCUAUCCAGCUGAGAAGAUGAGAGUACGAUGGUUUUGGGACAGUAAACAACAGAAUUCAGUAACAAAUCGGUCAGAUGCCACCACUGUCAGGGCAACAACUACAUGGACACCACGAGAGACCGAUGUGACUGAAGUCUCCUGCAUGGCAGAUUUUGAGGAUUAUCCAUCAAUUCCACCGAAGAUCAAUAACAUUUCCAUUGAGGUUUACGUUUUCUCCAACCCUGAAAUCCACAUCAUGAACACCACUGAGGGUAUUCCAGUGAAUAUUACCUGCAGUGUGUUUAACGUCUCAGGGGAACUUCAACUCAGUCUGAAGAAGGGAAGUGAGAUAUUAGUGAGCAGGUCAGCCAGUACUGGGCUGACUAUCUACCACACUGUGAAUCCACGAACAGAGCUGAAUGGACAGCAGUUCACCUGCGAGGCCGAGCUGACACUUCACCCUCACUCCAACACCAUUGUUAAACGACAGUCUGCCACUCUCACUGUCCCUGAUUCACCCGGGUUACUAAAAUGGAUAAUUCCAGUAGUUCUACUUUUGGUAAUUGUAAUUCCACUCGCUCUGACACUGUUCCUCUACAAGAAAUACAAAUGCCGAAGGCAGCGAGCUAUGGAAACGAUGCCGGGAAUGUAAUGUAACGCACAAAUAUUGAAGUCAAGAAUAUCCAAUAUGAAUGGCAUAACAUACUGAUGGUGGACAGAUAUUCUAAUGAUGCUGUAAAUCAUAUUCUUAUUGAGGGAAGCUUCUGACUGCAGUGUUAAUACGUAGCCCCGCCGUACCUGCUUAUUGCCGAGAAUGCUCAGCUUUGGGGGUCCGUGUGUUACAAUGAUUCCCACAGACACUGGAUCAUCACUGGAGAUCUGGAACAGCAAUGAAAACCACAGAUUACAAUUGUCCUGCAUACCAGAUGGAAUAAAGUUCAGAUCAAAUACAUAUUUCUGAUUUACUAUGUGCUCUAUUAACACAUCCUGUCAACUGGAUUCAAGCAUGUGGCAAAAAUCUGAUGUCAGUUCGACUGCAGUUUAAUUAAAUAUAUUUCUCUCUAUUUCUCACUGAAUGCCAUGUUACAUUUUCUACCUUUUCACUUUACUGAGGCUGUUCCAGAGUCAUGGGAAUUUUGGGACAUCAUAAAAGGAACCAUUACCUCUCAACCAAUUCUUUAACCCCUCGGGAUAACAAGUAUCUAGCAAGUAUCUAGCGUGCGUGACUGGUCUGUUUUUAUUCUCCUCACUCUCUCCAGGAUUCAUUCCUUAGUGACAUUAAUUACUCUGAGGUCUUCAUGGUCACUUUCAAUCUCCCUUCCCGGUGCAAGUGCCAGGAAUGGCCCAGACUCAAUUCUUUGAAAUGAUCGGGCAAAAACAUUACUGCAAUGAUACAAUGAUUCUCAUUUAAAGUGUGAGUUCCUUAUGUAACGUCACUUUCCUCCUUCUAAUCUUCUUCUGUUCUUCCCAUUUUUAUUCCUUUUCCUUCAACCACAACAACCCCCACCACCCACCAUCUAGCUCUCUUCCUAUGUACAUCCUGGUUCCGUCCAACCUCCACUCACAGUUGACCCACACAGCUCUAUCUCCUUACUCUUAUCUGGUCUUCCAUCGUCCAGUUACUUUUCCUCCUAAUGUUCCCCAUUCUCAGCUCCUCACUUAUCAGAUUCCAGCACUUGAGGCCCUUUGUGUUCCCACUUAUCUACCUGCUGUAGCUGUCUCUAGACUUCACACUUCUCUCCGCCAUCUGCUCCUCAUUUUUUCCUCUCUUUUUCUGCCUCCAUGUAAUUCACCUGCCAUUCUCCAAACUCUGCUCCACCCCUUCCCUCUCCUAUCUGGCACAGCAGCCUGUCACCUUGAGCCCCUCAUCAGCCCACCUAUCACCUUGGACUCCUGUGUCACCACUCCUCCUCAGGGGAAAGACCAUCUUACUUCCCCACUCAGUCACGAUGAAAGGAUUCAAUUUGAAGCAUCAACUCUCCCCCCACCCCCAUUCCUCUUCAACCUGCUGCAGCUCACUACCAUCUGACACCUCUCCUCAGCCCAAAAAUCUCUUUGGACUCCUGUCUCACCGUUCCACCUGAGAGACCAUCCAAGCUCUGCUCCUCUCAGUACUGAGGAAGGGCUUCAAAUCGAAACAACAAUACUUCCUUCUCUCCCACAGACACUGCUCGACCGACCCACAGAUUCCCAGCAGUUGAUUGUUUGAUGCAGUCAGAUAUUUUCCUUCAUUUUAACUCAUUUAUUCUUGUAUUCUGAAUAAUUACUCUUUAUCUUUUCUUGAUCAUCAUGCCUGCUACCAAAGCUCCUCCAGUCCUCGGGCUUCUAGAUUUAUUGGGACACCUUUGAUUUUUGAUAAACUGCUCUAAAUUUGGUUACUCUGUAUUAUGUAGUUUUGCUAUGAUAUUAAAAAUUAUUGACAAA